AAUUCAAUUCGCCAUAACUUGUCACUUAAUCGGCAUUUUGUAAAAGUUCCAAGACCCCAAGAAGAGCCUGGUAAAGGAAGUUUUUGGAAAAUUGAUUCUCAGUCAGAAACUAAAUUAAUUGAACAGGCAUUUAGACGGAGGCGGCAGAGGGGUGUACCAUGCUUUAGGGCUCCAUAUGGUGGACUUUCAUCCAGGUCUGCUCCUGCUUCUCCCAGUCAUAGUGGAGUAAGUGGUUUAGUUACUCCAGAUUCAUUGUCCAGAGAACCCAGUCCUGUUCCUUCUGAUAAUGCUGGAGAUUCAAAUCCUGAUUCAGUUGCACAAUCAACACCAGCUGUCAUUACGCAACCUGCGUACAUUGCAUUAACUCAUGAUAUCCAAGUUGGCCAUGCUUCAUCUGGAUCAUCUCCUGGAAGCAUUCAUACUGUGGAGGUUGUUAGCACAACUCCCUCUUCUUCAACUUGUUCUCAACCAGCAAUAGAACAAACGAUCAUUACAAAUGGCAUCCUGAUUAAUGGCUCCCAUACAAAUGGUGUUAAGACUGAGAAUAGUGAUAAAUCUGGAAAUCCAAACUUGAUUCCACCUGCAAAACCUCGAAUUUUGUUAUGUGGCCAAAAAGUUCAAGGUUCAGAUUCACAGCCAACAUCACAAGCUACAGUAAUUGUUCAGGCACCACCAUCUGCAGUGACUGGCUUUUCUUCAAAUGUUCUGACAGUUGUUACACCAACAUCUGCCAUUGUUUCAGAGGAGAAUAAUACAUCAAAUGUAUACAACAAUGCCUCCUUCAUUGCACCUCCGCCAGUAGCAGAAGAUCCCUCUCAAGGUGUAGCCAAAUCAUUUAAACGAGUAUUUUCAACUGCUAAUGAGCUUGAAAGUUCUUCAGUUCCAGAAAAGAGCAGUGAAAACAAUAUUGAAAUUAAAAGGCCAAAGCCUGAAUCAGCAUCAUAAAGAAUACAUCUUUCUCUUUGCAUAAUUGAAAAAUGAAAUAAAAAGCCUCCUGUUGCAUUAUUAUUAUGUGCAACAAAUGUGUUAGUUAAAUACUCUUUUGUGACUUAUGGAGUGACUUGUUUUUCUUUUAUUCGUCUGAAGACAUUGAAGCUUAUAAAAUUUGUGAAAAGAAUAUGUACAUAGAAACAUAACUGAGCUUAUGUUCCAUGAGGUAGAACUGCUUCUUGCAGUUUCUUCAGUUUAAUGUUUGCAAAUUCAUCAACCACGUCCUUGAUUCUUAUGCACAUACUGAAGCAAUUAGUCAUUAAAUUCCUUAUUAUGUAUAGGUAAUGUAAAUGGUUAUAUAGCUUGCAUUUCUAAUUUUUAUGCAUUUAUUAAAGUGUAAUAUUAGCAUUUUUUUAUUUCUCUUGCAUAGUUUGGUGACGCAUAAAGUGUGAUAUUUGUUUUGUCUGGGUCCAUGUAAGUGUUUAAAACUCUAUUCAUCAAUAAAUAAAGGAAGCAAGUAAUUUUCAAUGUUUAUUUCAAGCAAUGAUUGUCAUCCCUGGAAAGAAGUGUUGUGUUAAAUAUAUUAAGAAUUCAACUGUACAUUUGAAUAGGGAUUAUCGAAUUAUUUUUUAAAUUAUUGUUAUUAUUUUCAUUGACAUGACAAAGUGAUUUUCAUGGAUCUGCCAUUCCUUACUGAUUCAUUCAUUGAAAAUAGCUUUAUUCCUUGUCUGAUAUCAAGAUGUAUUUUCUUGUCCCCCUUUUUUUCUGUAUAUUAAAAAGUUUUGCUUAAAAUUUAUUAUUGUAAAUAUUUUUAUAAAUGGAAAAAUUUGUAUUAAAUUAUUACUUCAAAAAGUAAAAUAAUUUUAGAGUAAUAAUUAACAGCUAUUUUUCUUUUACUGUCUGCGUAUCUCAUUAUUUAAAAAUAAUUCUGAAGUAUAAAUGCCAUUCAAUUAUGCUAUUUUUACAGCUAAGGAUUAAAACCUUGUAGUUAAUGAACAGUAUGUGAAAAAAUACUGUGCUAUAUAUACAAUCAGGUGUAUUCAGAAACUUUGUAUAUGUGCUUAAUUUAUAAGAAGCUUCUUGAGUAUACAGUCGUCUCUUCGAUUUUAAAAGUUUCAAAGUUUGUUAGUCAUGCACCAAGAGUUAGUAGCAUUAAGCUAGAUUUCAUUGUACAUCAUAAUAAAAUUUGGACAGCCAGUUGCUGGGGCAUAUGCAUGUAGCAUAUUGGUUAUAAAUAUGACUGGUGUAUAAGAACUUUCUCUCUCCCCCCUUUUUUGUGAGACCUGUAGUAUUGUGUAGGAAUGUAUUUUAUUUUUGAUUAUAAUGUAGUACAUAAAUAAUAAUAGAAUGGAACAGUCUUUCUUUGUAUUAUCACAGCAAAAAAUAUUAAAAGUUUGCAUUUGUUUCAAGCAAAAUUUUGUAAUUAGUGGUUUUUAUUUAAUUAUUUAUUAUUAUUUUUUAAUAUAACUUAUAUAUUUGCCAUGGUUGCUCAGAAGACACAUGUGUUUUCAUUGGCACUUAUAGGAAAUCUUUCAUCAUUUGCCAGCUAUAGGGUUCAGUUUUUUGGAGGAGAGAGAUUCAACAGAUUGGUAAAAGGUUUCUAAACCUUUAAAAAUUUUGAACUCUUUGUAAAACUAUGACAUGCACUUAAUAAUAAUUCAGAAUGAGGAAAAUGACAAAUAAGAAAGAAACAUUAACUACCACAAAAAAAGACAAAGGUUUUUGAAAGUUUUGUUCUUUUAUCUUGAAAUAUUUCUACAUUUUUCUGCAAAUCCAGUGAAAAAUAUAUUUUGUAACAUAACAUUAACACAUUUUUUGCUUAUUACUAUUAAAUAAAAUUGUAUUGUUAUAAUUCUUUGUCUAGCAUGAAAUUAUCUUACACAUCAGCAUAAAGUAAUAUUUAUCCUGCUCAGAAAUACUCCAGAUAUGCUUAGAAAAUAUUUUGAAAAUGUAAAGUCUCUUGAUUUAUAUGAAAGAGGGUAAAGGCUGGUAUACGUAAAGAGGAAAUUCUUACUGGUCUCAUUUGUUUGUGUUAUGAAAAUUAGGGCAAGCAACAUUUGGCUCUGAAUUACUUGUAUUAUUUGAGUAUGAUAAAUUUUUAUGUUUAUGCAGACACAUGUCAGGAAUGACAGCUUUACAAAGGUCACAUUAAAAAUUUAAGUAUUUAAUGUGGUGAACGACUGUAUACUUUUAAAAUGUGUGGUAAUUUUUCUCUAAAUAUAUUGAAAUUCGAGUGUUUUAAUUUCUGUGGAAUUUCUUAUACCGUAUUUGAUGGCAUAUAAGACGCACUUUUGUUCCUAAAUUUGGUCUCAAAAAAGUUACCUGCGUCUUAUACGUGAAGAUAAUUGCAUUCAAUAAUUGUUUAUUUGGCUUUUACGAAAACGUGAGAACUAAAAGAAACCACGCUAUUGAAACUUUUUUUCCUUGUGUGUGGCCAUCUAAAUAAGGGUGCGUCUUAUAUGCCGUCAAAUACGGUAUUUUUAAAUUUUGUUUUCCAAGAGGAUCCAAAAAUCUGGCUUCCUGAAAUAUUUAAAUAUACUUUAGAUUGUGGGUGGGACUUCCCUUUCUGGUUAAACUAUAUAUUUAGUUGAUGUCAGUAGAUCUAUGAAUGUUUAAAAUAUAAUCCAGUUGUUCUUUGUGUACAAAAGUUGUCAUCUGAUUUCUGUUUUCUUCUUAAAUGUAGCUUAAAUGUUUUCAGCUUAAGUGUAAGAUUCUUCGAACACUUACUGUAUCAUGUAGAUAUUUUAAUCGUUCAGAUGGUAUCAUCAGUUCGUAGUGCAUCUACUGUUGUAACAUAUCUCUGCAGUCAUCAGUAUGACCAUCUUAAUCACAGUAUAUUUUAAUGCUUUAUGACUGUUGUAUUAUAGAAAAAAAGCAUAUAUCUAAUCUGUGUUACAACAUUAUACUGUAUAAAAACAUUUGUUUUGUAUAUUUUCUGCUUGGUUUACAAUUUUGCCAAACUUGCCUAUAAAUAGAAACAUUAGAUGUUUUUAUAAAAUAUUUCUCUCAUAUUUAAAAGCUGUUUUAUGAGGGGAGUGAAAUUAGUAAUUUGAAAUAAGAAUAUGUGCUUGUAAAUUUAAAAUACAAUAUAUUUGCCAACCCCCUCCCCCUAAAAUUCUCUGUUUAAAGAUGCAUCUGUAUCUUUAAUUUCAUUUAUUUAUUAGCAACAAAAAGGCAUACCUCAAAAUAAAGUUGUUAAAUCUGGUUUUUAGGCCCAUUUCCUUAUAAUAUUGCAAAUAUGUGAUACUGUAAUGUAAUGUUCUUUAAUAAGAAUGUUAAUUCUUCAGUACAUUUAUGUUUUAAAGUGUAAUAAAUAAUAACAACAGAAAAUACCAUUCAGAAGUACUCAACCGUUCAGAACUGUCUCAACAGUUAUUUAAACUUUCUAUUAUAGUUCUAGUAAUGUAAAGUGCUAGAAAAAUAGUAAUGUUAAUUGUUACGUACUGUGGUCUGUUAUAAUUAAGUCCUUAACUAUUCUUAAAUAAACAUUUCUCAGCUUUUUUUAUUUCACUACUUUUUUAUUAAGAUUAUGGUAUGUCAUUGUUUUUCUUUCUUUUUUUAAAACUUAAAAUUCAUGUGAGAAAAAAAUUAUUUUUUUUUUACUUCUAGUAACUGGCUAAACUUCCUUAUUGGCAUGACUGCCUUUAUCCAGUUAGAGACUUUUUAUCACUAGGUAUGAUUCAUAAUGCUUUGUUUACUUACUUUCUUUAAUAAAUAAUAAGAAACUGAAGUUGAGUUAUUCGGAACAUUUGCUAAAAAACUUGACCCAUUUUCAGUUAACACACAUAAAAAAUAAUAAAGAAAAUGUAUAUUAUAUGUAACACAUUUAAAAGGACAUAAAUCAUUUAUUGGCAGGAUGAAUAAGCUUUAAAUGAAUCAAAUUAGUAAAAUUAUGAAUGUGAAUUUAAAUGCAAAAUGAUUGAAAAUACACAUAUGUGAUUUAUGUAAUUAUAUGUGUUUUAUUUAAGGAACCCUAGUUGAAAAACACUUCCAAGAGUGAUCAGCAAUCCAUAUAAAAGAACUCUCCAUUUUCCCUUCCUGUAUACUCAUGUGCACUGAGUGUAAUUUCUUGGAGUAUAUUUUUACCUUUCAGAUAUGCACUUUUCAGUUUGUUUAUUGGAAAAUUAACUAUUGUGAUUUAAAGUAAUAGAUUCAUAGUAUGAAGCAAGUAUCAAGUAUUUCAUUGCCAUAUUUGCUAGUGUCUAUGUUAAGGGUUUUUUUUUUUUUUUUUAUUUUUUUAUUAUUAUAUUAGUUUGUUUUAAAGUGCAUACUGUUUAAGUUUAAACAUUACAGAUUGUUAGCAAAAUAUUUUAAUGCAUUGUUAAUUGUAAAUCAGUUCAUUUGUAAACUGUGGUUGUGAAUAUGAAGUAUUAAAGAGUGAUAAUUGGUUCUAAUCUUUAGCUUAAUAUAGUUUCUAUCUUCAAUAAAUAUAUAAUUUCGGUAGUUUUCCAUACAGUUAAUGCAAUUUCUUACAAGACUAUAGCAUUUUAUUAAUUACAACGAAGGAAUUAUUCAUUCUGUGAGUAGGGUAAACAGUAAGAAAGAAAUUACUAGGUGAUCAAGUAUUUGAUGUUUUCCUGUAGUGGAUAGUGGUGAUGUUUUGGAAGGAAGCUUGAAAACUUUAUUAUGAUAUUGUUAUUGUUUAUUAAAUUUGGCUUUUUUCAAUUUGACCAAUUUAUUACUUUAAUAUAUUGCGAUAGCAUACUAUUGUUACAUUAUUUUUAUUUUCUGUUUCAUCAUAUUCUAUUUUUAUACCAUAAAUUUCAAGUUGUUCAGAUUAUUGUUUCUAAAUUUUUUUUAAUCCCCCAGAAACUCACUUUAGAAAAUAACUGUUAAAUUAUAAGUAAAAAUAAUUACUUAUCAACUGCUUUUAUCUGAUGUCUUACAGUGCUUAAUAAAUAUAUUUCAUUCUAUCAUUUCUUUUAUUUGUAUUUAACACUAAGGGAUUAAUUGUUCUAAAAUGAAAACUUGUACUUCCAAAGUUAUUAGUAGUGGGACUUUUCACGUUCUUUAAAAAAUUAUUCAUAUAGCUAUUUAAAACAAUUAAACAACAUUAUAAUUGGGUUAAUGUAAUUCAGGAAUGUGGAGCUUGUUUCUGAUAUAUUUUGAAAGUUUUAAGCCCGAUUUAUUAAAAUAUGAACAAAAUAUCCGUAUAUGAUGCCAUAAUAGGCUUACACUAGCUGAAUUCAUUUUGGCUUUAAGUAGAUGUAACUUAUUAAAUAAUGAUUGUAAAAAUAUUUAUGAAAAUUUAAAGAUAAGGAGUACUAUAAGUUCAUCAUCCUCCCUGACAUUAAAACAUGAAGAUUCUAUUUUAAUAACAUAAUUUCUGAACAAUUUAUAAUAAUACUAUCUGCCCAUUAUAUUUAAAUUAUUGUAAUAAUGAUUCUGGUGUAAUUUUUUUGGUCUAGUUGGACAACAGAUGUUGUAUGUGAAAUUUUUAGUAAUAUUCUACCUUCUAGGAAUUAAAAGCAAAAUAGUCAAAAAAUUAUAUAACUGGAGCCAAUUUUAAUGAUCAAUCUGACUUUUAAAAUGUUCAUCCAAAAAUAAUUUAGCAAAAAUAUUGUUUUGUUAAAAUUAUAAUUGUGAAAUAUUGUUCAACUUAUAUAAAAAAUGAGUAUUUUAAAUUAUCUAUAUUUAUUUAAAUAAAAAUUCAAAAAUAAUGAAUUAAAAUUUUACAACUAUUGAAUAAUUUUGGGGGGGGGGUCUUUUCUGUAUCAUCUAAUAUUGAAUAAUUUUAGAUGCAUUAUUUUCUCUAAAAAUGAAAGUAUUUAGAUCUUUCUUCAACUGAUACAAUUCAUGGAAAACUGCUUUAUGUCCUCCUUAUGUUCAUAUACGGGUUAUUGCCAUUGUGAAUUUAGCCUGUAAACAUAGUAUUGAACAUGAAUUCAGGAAUAAAAAGAAAUAUAAAAUUGCUGUGAUUAGUUUCUCUAGAUCAUGGAUUUAUCUUAGUAUUUUUAGAAAAGUCUAAAUAUAAAAUAAUCUUUAAAUUUUUGUUUAUCCAUAAUACUAUCUUAAUUCCAUGGACUGGGAAAGAAAGAUUAAAAUUGAAAAAUUUUUAUAGUAGUAUCUGUUUAAGGAGGAGGGGGAAUAAAAGUAUAUAUUCUUUUAUCUAUUAAACAUUGUUUGCUACUGUAUCAAAAAUCUUUAAAAAUUUAUUACUUGGAGACCAAUUAAUUGACAAUAAAAAUUAUUUUUAUGAUUCUUUAUUAUUUUCAUGUUAUUCAAAUCCUCACGAUUUUAAUUUUGGUUUAAUAUUACUGCAUUGUUUCCAAUAUUAAGAUCAUAAGGAUUGACUGUAUACAUUUAAUAUUGAGAACAGUAUUACAUUAUCAUUCAUUAUUUUGUAUGAAAACAAUGAAAUAAACUUUUGUUGACUAGUUUAAA